GAAAUAAAGGGCAUAUAAAGGGCCAUGGCAUCCAUUUCCAGUUCCAGGCAGUGACACCCAUGUGGUUCCUACGGGAAAAGCCAUGGAUUUGCCUGACAAAGACUUCCAGCUGAAACUGGAGCCAGACAUAGCCAGACAGCCCUGGACCUCAUGUGCCUGGAUCAUCCCCCUACCCCCAACAACCAGACAUAAAUUUGGUAGUCAAGGGGUCGAGGGCACCCACCGUGGGGUGGAAGUCUGUCGGGUGCAUGCCUGCACCCGAUAGAAACAUCACUUUGAUGGUCGAGAUUUUGUGUUCGACGUGGGUUCUUUUGAUAUUCCGUCACCGGUGAGGCUUAGAAAAACUGAUACUGUACACCAUCAUGAUGGUACAUGCAUCAGUUUUAUCAUGUACCUUUAUGUCCUCGCGUUUCGUGUUUGCUCGUCUACCACUGGUGGGGGGGGUCCUUUUUGCAGGAUCAACGGGCACGCGCGGUCCACGGGGUCAGGGUCACCAUCGCUCGCCAUGGCAACGAAGAAGGCCUCGAAGGCUUCCAAGUCAGCAGACUCCAUCAAUGCGCGCUUGCAGCUGGUCAUGAAGAGCGGGAAGUACUGCUUGGGACUGAAGACCACUCUGAAAACCCUGCGUCAGGGGAAGUCCAAGCUGGUGCUGAUCUCCAACAAUUGCCCCGCCUUGCGCAAGAGUGAGAUCGAGUACUACGCCAUGCUGGCGAAGACCGGGGUGCACCACUUCCAUGGCGACAACAACGAGCUGGGCACCGCCUGCGGCCGCUACUACCGGGUGAGCUGCUUGUCCAUCACCGACCCAGGCGACUCCGACAUCAUCCGCAGCUUGCCCGGCCAGGAAUGAGUGGAGACAGAGACGAAGACAACGCGAUGCCCAGGAAAAGGUGCGA